UUGAAUAACAUUUUUAUCAAAAUACAAUUAGCAAAAAUAUGAAUUCAAUAAUCACACUUGUUUUUGGAUUGAGUUUGAUGUUCGUGCAAGUGAUUUCGGAGGAAAAUGCUAUCGAUUACGGAGAAGAGGCGAACACCGAUGCCAUGAAUCUAAGAGCAUAUAACCUCCUUAUGCCGGUCUCACAGAUAAUGAAAGCGGCAGAAAAACGAUACAAAACGCAGGGUUUGACUGUACCCAUAGAGUUGUAUGAGGACCUCAGAGAGUAUGCCAUCGAUACUAUUCCGUGGCUUUUCAACGAGAUUAAAGGGAUCGCAAACCUAACGGAUAGAAACCGAGUGACCGCGCAAUACAUCGGCGAAAUCCACGGACUUAAUCAUAUGAGUAAUCGUUUGGAUAAACAACGUUUGAGUACACCAUUGAACGUAACAGGCACAUCCGAGAAUCUGCUUGGUAGAAUUAAGGCCAUGGAGAACUUUAUAUAUGGCUCUUUAGACGAUGAAAUAGCUAAUGCAUCGCAUUCAGUGCAUACUAAAUUUCAUGCCAAGCUCAUCGAUAAACUACCAUUUGAUGAAGCUAAACAGAAAAAUCUUCAGUUGCUUGUCGCUGAUCUAUCGCACGCAUUGGUUCCACCUCUUUAA